UAAUUGACUUAUUUGAUGUAUGCGGCUAGCGGACCCGCUGCGUCUGUGCCGUGUGUUACGAUGGCAGCACAAUCCAAACACUAGCUCUCAUGCUAAACCAGGUCGCGUCAUUCAUUUGACCGAUCAUAAUUAUUCGAUUUAAGGUUCGAGUAAAUCUCAAGUCGCCAGUUUGCCAACGGUUGCUCGUUGGCCGCGUUGGCCGCGUUAGCCGCGGUUGGUUCCAAUAACAACAGCAGAGUCAUCGACACUGAAGAACACUUGAAACCGAACUGGAAAAUCAGUUCCGAUGGAAACGAACGCGCCGAAAAGACGAGACAAUAAAAAAUCACUGCGUGUGAAGGUGAUUAGUCUCGGAAAUGCGGAGGUGGGGAAGAGCUGCAUCAUCAAACGUUACUGUGAGAAGAGGUUUGUUCCCAAGUAUUUGGCCACAAUCGGUAUCGACUAUGGAGUCACCAAAGUUCAGGUGCGUGACAGAGAGAUCAAAGUGAACAUCUUCGACAUGGCGGGACAUCCUUUCUUCUACGAAGUGCGUAAUGAGUUCUAUAAGGACAGUCAGGGCGUGCUGCUGGUGUACGACGUCGGCCUCAGGGAGAGCUUCGACGCCCUCGACAGCUGGCUGGGCGAGAUGAAACAGGAAAUGGGCUCCCAGGCCAACAUGGACAGCAUCGUGUUCAUCGUCUGCGCCAACAAGGUGGAUCUGACCAAGCGGCGGGUGGUGGACGAGGGGGAGGGCCGUCUGUGGGCGGAGUCCAGAGGGUUUCACUACUUUGAGACGUCAGCUCAGAGCGGCGAGGGAAUCAACGAGAUGUUCCAGGUCACAUUUUGUCACUGUAAAAAUCAUGUGAAACAAUCGUAUGAGUUAUACCAGUGAAUUUCUGUUCAUCGUCAGUGUAGAAAAUCACCACAAGAGGGAGCUGCAUCUUGUUUUUCACUUAUUCAAAUCAAGUCACAAUAUUAUCACGAUAGUUAAGUCACGAUAUUAUCACAACAUUUAAGUCACGAUACCAAAAUAUUAUCAUGAUAGUUAAGUCCCGAUAUUAUCAUGCUAGUUAAGUCCUGAUAUUAUCACGAUAGUUAAGUCAUAAUAUUAUCACGAUGGUUAAGUCACGA